CUUAGCUAAGAUCGAAUUUCCGACACCCCUCAAUAUAAUGGUUAUUUCAUCUGUAUUGUCGGGAUCGUCUUCGAGAGUGAGAAAAGGUGCUUGGUCCGAAGAAGAAGACCAUCUUUUGAGAGAGUGCAUUCAGAAAUAUGGUGAAGGAAAAUGGCAUCUAAUUCCCCUUAGAGCUGGAUUGAAUAGGUGCAGAAAAAGUUGCAGAUUAAGAUGGUUGAAUUAUCUCCAUCCUGAUAUAAAGAGAGGCGACUUCAGUCCUGAUGAAGUUGAUCUCAUUCUCCGCCUCCAUAAGCUCUUAGGCAACAGGUGGACGCUUAUUGCUGGAAGAAUUCCGGGAAGAACAGCAAACGAUGUGAAGAAUUUCUGGAACACCCAUCUUCAGAAGAAGGUGUCUGCCAUGGCUAUGGCUUCUCCAAGGCAAGAUAAUUGGAAGGGCAAAGCCCCAGAAAUCACGGAAAACACCGUCGUUAGGCCUCGACCUCGGAGAUUCUUAAACGCCGCCUCAUCAUCUCCGACGACGCUAUUUACCGGAAAUGCUACCACGGUUGCCUAUGAUGGUCAACUCCAAGGACAUAAUAUUACGACACAACCGGAAACAACGUCGGACUUGCUAAUGGAAAAUGUCCAACAAAACAACUCAACCACCACUUUGCCGUCAGUAUUAUUAGAAACAACGCCACACGACAAAGUCGACAAUGUGACGUGGUGGGAAGAUAUACUCUCCGACAAGGAACUCAGUGACGAAGGACAAUUCAGUUGGAGUGAGUUUCCAACUGAUAUAGACCUGUCGGAACUGUUAAGCUAAGCGUUAAAUUU